UUUCAACAUCACCAAUUUUCUCUCACUUUCCGGUCAACCAAACAGUCUUUAUUUCUUUGAUAUUUAACUGAAAUGGCGCGUACAAAGCAAACAGCAAGAAAAUCAACCGGAGGAAAGGCCCCAAGGAAGCAGCUGGCCACAAAGGCGGCAAGAAAGUCAGCACCGGCCACCGGAGGAGUGAAGAAGCCACACAGAUUCCGACCCGGAACUGUGGCUUUACGAGAAAUCAGAAAGUACCAGAAGAGCACUGAGCUUCUUAUUAGGAAGCUUCCCUUUCAAAGAUUGGUCCGAGAAAUCGCUCAAGAUUUCAAGACCGAUCUGAGGUUCCAAAGCGGGGCUGUAGCCGCUUUACAAGAGGCGGCUGAAGCGUAUUUGGUUGGGCUGUUUGAGGAUACCAAUCUCUGCGCUAUUCAUGCUAAGAGAGUCACUAUUAUGCCUAAGGAUAUUCAGUUGGCUCGUAGGAUUCGAGGCGAGAGAGCUUAGAUUUGGGGUGGGUUUUGGUGUGGUUAGAUUAGUUGAUUCAGAAGUUGCAGUUUAUGUGUUUGUUGAAAUGCUUAUGUGAAAAAGCCUGGUUAAUUUUGUAAUUUGGUA